AUGAAAGUGACUAGAAGUUGUAAUUAGCCAGAGAAACCAGAAAUGCCGUUUUUUGCUGAUUUCACAUAUUGGAUAACGUUUAUGUUAUCAAUCUAUUUUAAAGAUGAAAAGAUUUUGCAUGGAAUAUUUUCUACCUUACCGCUUUUUAUGAUAUUGAAUCUGACUUUAAAUAGAUUAGUAAGGGGGGAAUCAGGAUCUAGUGUAAUGAUGCUCUCUUUACUUGCAGAAUUGAUUGGUAUGAAUGAUAGAAAUUUUUAGUUCAUUUAUUGAAUCAAUUUUUAUAUUUUGUCUAUGAUGAAAGAUUCACGAAUAUGGAUAUCUAUGGCCGUUUAAUUUGUUCAAUCUUUAUCGUCUUGGGAAAUUUAUUCUAUGUGUUAUUGUAAAGAAAGAGAGAAAUUUUCGAUAUAAGGAAAGAGUAUCUGAAAUAAAAAUUACGAAUACCUCAAUCUACAAAAAUUAUUCCUAUUACUAUCCUAGGAUUUUGUUUAGUACUUUAUGAAAUAACAAAUGAUAAUACAAAUUAGAUACUAUAUUCUAUGAAAGUACUUAAUAGUGCACUAUUAACAAUUUAAUUAAUUUAUGCGAUUAAAAGAUCUCAAACCACAUCAAAAAAGAGUUAUUGUAAUGAUAUUAUAUUUAUUAACAGAUUUUGGUUUGGCUGCCUCCAUCAUAUUUAUACUGUAAGAUUUGUCAUACUAAAGUUUCCCAUUAAUCCAAAAAAUGUUCCAUACAUUUAGUUUGUACUUUAGGACUAGGCAAAUGUUUUACCACAUAAAGUGGUUCUAGAAGAACAAAAAAAGAUUUGAAUGA